UCGAUCGCGAUUCUUUCAUUCUUCUUGGCCUUGGAUAGCAAAUGCGUGCUUAAUCGCACUCUUGUUAAGGAAAAUUCCUUUUUUUUUUCUCUUUCAACCCACAACGCACGAACAAUCUAACUUCCAACGUGAAAAAAAAUGAGCCAAGAACAGAUGCAGCGACCAGUGACUUAUGGAGACAUUUUCAACGUUUCGGGAGAGAUGGGUAAGCAGGCCAUCACUUCCGAGGACGCGGCCUUGAUGCAAAGCGCCGAGACUCAGGCUUUCGGUCAGACGCAGAAGCACGGCGCGGCAUCGCUCAUGCAAGCCGCGGCCGAUCACAACGUGAAGACUGGAGCUCUUUCAGCCGACGCUCACAGCCCGGUAGCAGACAUCGGUGUGACUGUCCGAGAGACCGUCGUUCCUGGUGCCGCCAUUGACACGGAGUUUGUAGCGAACGUUCCAGUCACCGGUGUGAUUCGUCCGUUGCCUACUGCUCCAGAGGUUGCUUCCGCCAAUGCCGUCACCAUUGGAGAGGCUUUAGAGGCCGCAGCGCUGGGAGCAAUCGACCAGCCGAUCGAGCAUAGCGAUGCUUGCGCUAUCCAGAGCGCCGAGACACGAGCAACUGGAGCUCCCGUGACGAGCAAGGGAGGUUUGUCUUCCACGGCACAGUCGGCCGCGGAACUUAAUCCUCGGGUGGACGACUUUGCGAAGACAACCAUUGGAGAUCUCCUCACGGAUGCUACGACUUACCUUGCAACGGACAAAGUUGUAACGCAGGAGGACGCGAUCAAAGUGAUCGAAGCGGAAGCUCGUCACACUCCCACGGGAUUGCCUCGUCCGGGAGGAGUAGGAGCAGCUAUGCAGACCGCAGCCGAUUUGAACGAACGAGCCGGACUUCUUCCGCCUUCCACUGUCUGAGAUCGAGAGAUUCUCUCCAAGUAAGUUUGCUGUUUAUACGAGCGUGUAUGCGUGAGGAAAGUGAGAACAGGAGAGGAGAGGAAGAAGAGAUAACUGUUCAUAUAUGUAGUUUCUAGAUGUACUAUCAAGCAGAAGAAGAUUGUCA